GAAGCGCGCGGCCCUUUCGAGCGCCAUGGCGGGAGCGGCGGAGCGGGCGGGCCCCGCUCUCGGACCCGGCCCGAGCCCGAUCCAGGGACCCCGCCACCGGGAAUGGCGGGGCCAGACGGGCAGCGGGGCCGGGGCGAGCUCCGCAGCGAGCGGGGCAGCGGCUUCGGGCGGAACGAGCCCUGGGAGAGGCACCGCCGGCAGCCGGGACUGCCGGGACGSCAGCAAUGCCCUGUAUUUCUCUUCCAGCAGUGAUGAUGAAUUUGAAAUGUUUUUAGCUAGAAUGAAAACUCCCAAAUCUGUUCCUAAAAAGGCAGAUACAAGUUUGAAAGGCUUCAUUGAUGACUCAGAUGAUUUCUUCUCGGACUUGAAAAUGAAAAAGAGCACAACAAAGCGUGUACAAAAGGAUCUUCAGACCCCGAAGAAGCUGAUGACUCCUGGAAAGACUCCUGGAAAGAGAAACACUUGCUGCCAAGAAUUGCAGUAUCCAGACACUUCAAGUGACACUGAAGAUUCUGUCUUUGAAGAAAGUCCAUGGCAUGACCAUCAAAAAGAGGGAGUGAAAGACUUGAAAGAGAGUCAGAAGUGCAUAAAUCUUUCACCUCCACAAACUUGGAAAGASUCAGAUUUCAAAGGCAGUCCAGAUUUGCCCAUUAGAAGGAAAGAAASAAACUGGGAAAAUCGAGAAAAUAARUUGCCAACUGUGGCRCUAGGACACAGUACAGGGGYRGAAUCAGACAGCUCAGAUGACAGUUUUGGAUCUUUAAUGGAACGGAUAAAGAAGCGAAGUCUCCCCCGAAAACCAGUCUUAAGCACAAGUAAAACUGUCUAUCAGCCAAGCRUAGAAGAAAACAUCAAGCCACCCUGCAAAGAUGCACAGCCCGUGAAAGAGGAGGGAAUCAAGACACCAAAGCCAAAAUCUAUUUCACUUCAAGAAACACCUUCCAUGAUAACAACUCCUGCAAGGAGUGAAGCAGUCAGUUGUUCACAGUCAGCAAAGACAGAGAAAAGGCUCAGGGUGUGCUCAGUGCCUGGUUGUUUCUUGCAAGAGCUUUCAAAUCCRACUUCCCAGUAUGUGAAGUAUUUCAAGAAAAAUAAAGAGGAGUUGGCCCAGAAGCUCUACAGGUUGUUUAAUARUACCAUCUUUGAGCAAAAGUUACCAGAGGACAUGGUAAUAAUCUGGAAUAAGAAAAUGAGGAAAACAGCAGGAUAUUGUGUAACGGGGCAGAGGGCAGGCCCUGCAGGGGAGCGUUAUGCUCGCAUUGAACUCUCUGAGAAAGUCUGUGACUCUGCAGAUCGCCUUMGGGACACGCUGAUCCAUGAGAUUUGCCAUGCAGCCACCUGGCUCAUCAAUGGUAUUCGGGAUGGACACGGGCGAUUCUGGAGAUUCUAUGCCAAUAAAUCAGCUGUAAUUCAUCCAGAACUGCCAGUGGUCACACGAUGCCACAGCUAUGAGAUCAAGUACAAAUACACCUACGAGUGUGUUCGGUGCAAAGCUACGAUCGGGCGGCACUCGCGGUCCCUGGACACGGCACGGUUCGUGUGCGCCUUCUGYGGGGGGCAGCUGGCCCUCAAACAGCCCCAGGGCAAGGGGGGCACCCCUGCCAGGACACAGCUCACACCUUUUGCCAAGUAUGUGAAGGAAAACUAUGGACUUGCUAAGAGAGAGCAGCACGGGCUGAGUCAUGCAGAGGUAAUGAGGAAACUCAGUGCUGAUUUUGCUUUGAAAACCAGGUUGGAAGAUUCCUUUUAAUAUCUCAGUACACCUCCUUUCUUGGUGCCACUUGAACUUUGUAUAGAGAGAAAUAAAAGGCCUGAGGAGCACUUACAACAUGGCUUCAGUGAUUCCAGUAAGGGAUUUACUGUUUCAUCUGAGCAGCUGAUAUGCUCUGUGUGUGUGCUGAAGACCUGCUGGGUGUGCAGGUCUGAAAUUGCCAGAGGCAACAYAGUCCAGGCCCACCACCCCAAGUCCUCUGACUCUGAAUGACUCCCAGGAUGGAAAGGGUGCAGACCUGAGCUGGGCUUCAGUAUGGAUUUAGAUAUUCUCCCAAGUAGAGUUUCCUGAGAGAUCCUUGGCUGCUUUUGUUAAAAUUWAGUGCUAGGUAGAUGGUGUCUUAGCCCAAAUCCCUUAAGAAAAAAUGUGUGAGUUUCUCCAAAGUCCUUUAAGCCCUCAGUAAGACUGAAGCUCUUUGAUUGAAUUUGAAUGUAGUGUACCUCUUAUCACUGACAUUUCUUAGAAACUGAAAUAGAUGCAGAAAGUCAGGUUGGGGAAAGCAGAUUCAAACACUUCCCC